GUAAUGUCAUAUGACAUUUCGAGAAAGAACUAAAAAUGUCAAGUUAAGUUGGCUAUGUUCAACAACGGUGUUUAAAAAUGAACUUUUUUGCGUAAUUAACGUUUGGUAUGCAUGUUAAAUUGAAAGAGAAGAUUUUACAAGCAAACAGAUAAAGAAUGAAUUCCAUAAUAAGAACUUCAUUCAGCCGUUUCAGUGCCCUGACACCGGGAUGGAGUCAGUCAUUCAGAUACUACUCCGCGCGACGGCCGGGGUUCUUCAGUUCCUUUCUAGACAAUUUGAAACAGGAAAUGGAAAAGAACAAGGAAAUGAAGGACAACAUUAAGAAAUUCCGUGAAGAGGCGCAAAAGCUUGAACAGUCAGACGCACUGAAAUCGGCACGACACAAAUUCAAUACGGUCGAAUCGGAAGCAUCCAAAAGCGGCGAAGUACUCAAAGAACGAAUGGGACAUUUGAAAGAUAAAGUGCAAGACGUACUGGAAGAAGCGAGUAAAACGGACCUAGCAAAAAAGGCCAGCCAAAUCGGUGACGAGAUCAGCAAAUCUGCCAAAGAAAUGUCCGAAUCAAUUAGUGAAAAGAGUCAGAAACUGGGGAGCAGUAGUGCAUUUCAGACAAUAUCAGCCGCAUCUGCCGAAGUCAAAAAAGAGAUCAAUUCAACUGGCAUUCACGGUCGUGUUUACCAAAGUCCGUUGCGGCUGCGGAAACGCGUCGAAAUAGUUGAUACGCAACGGCCUUUCGAAGCGAACACAGAUGCCACCGGCAUUGAAUUACACAAAGAUUCCAAAUUCUAUGCGCAAUGGGAGAAUUUCAAGAACAACAACCAGUACGUGAACAAGGUGCUCGACUGGAAAAUGAAAUACGAAGAAUCGGAAAAUCCCGUCAUCCGUGCGUCCCGCCUACUCACCGACAAAGUGUCCGACAUUAUGGGCAACAUGUUUUCGAAAACCGAACUAUCCGAAACGCUGACCGAAAUCUGUAAAAUUGAUCCGAAUUUCGACCAGAAAGACUUUCUGAAAGAUUGCGAAACGGACAUCAUUCCAAACAUAUUGGAAUCGAUGGUGCGCGGCAAUUUGGAAAUACUGAAAGAUUGGUGCUUCGAGAGUACGUACAACAUUAUAGCCACGCCGAUCAAGCAAGCGAAAAAGAUCGGUUACUACUUGGACUCAAAGAUUCUGGACAUCGAAAACGUCGACCUGGUCAUGGGCAAAAUAAUGGACCAAGGUCCGGUGCUGAUAAUCACGUUUCAAUCACAGCAGAUAAUGUGUGUGCGAGAUCAGUCGCGAAAUGUCGUCGAAGGUGAUCCGGACAAAGUGAUGCGAGUCAACUAUGUGUGGGUGUUGUGCCGGGAUCCCGGUGAAUUGAAUCCGAAAUCGGCAUGGAGGUUAAUGGAAAUCUCGGCGAAUAGUACAGAACAGUUUGUUUAGUAGGACUAGGACUAGCAUAUUUGCAGACUGUGAUCGUCCGAACGAAAAACAAUUUUGAGAACAAAAAAAAAUAUUUUUUUUGUUAUUGUUGCUAAUCAAGCUAACCACGCAAGGCAAUUUUUUGUAGUCACAUUUUGGAAGUUCAAUUCAAAAAAAAAUUAUCUUUUGCCGGUUUCGAUCACAAUUUGUUUUUUAAUAAAAUUGUUAUUUAUGUUUACUAGCGGGCCUUCCUAAACAGAAGUUGUUUCAAUGGAUAAAAUGGAGACACAGAAUAAAUUGUUAAAUGAA